AUGUCUGCUGCACCAAGUGAAAACAAAUUAUGGGGUGGUCGUUUUACCGGCGCCACCGAUCCAUUGAUGGACUUAUACAACGCUAGUUUACCAUAUGAUAAAAUCAUGUACGAUGCUGAUUUAACCGGAACUAAAGUAUACACUGCUGGUUUACAAAAAUUAGGAUUGCUUACCCAGGAAGAACUCACUGCUAUCCAUGAAGGGUUAGAAGUGAUUAGAAAGGAAUGGCAAGAAGGCAAAUUCGUCGAAAAGCCAGGUGAUGAAGAUAUCCACACCGCCAACGAACGUAGAUUGGGAGAAAUCAUCGGUAAGGGGAUCGCAGGUAAGGUUCACACUGGUAGAUCCAGAAACGAUCAAGUAGCCACUGAUAUGAGAAUCUUUGUUAGAGAAACUCUUUUGGAUUUAUCCAACAAAUUACAACAGUUUAUUUUGGCCAUUGUCAACCGUGCCGAAAGCGAAAUUGACGUUUUGAUGCCUGGUUAUACCCACUUGCAAAGGGCACAACCUAUCAGAUGGGCUCAUUGGUUGAGUUCCUAUGGUACUUACUUUACCGAAGACUAUAAGAGAUUACAAGAAAUCAUUGCCCGUGUCAACCAAUCUCCAUUGGGUUCCGGUGCCUUGGCUGGUCACCCAUAUGGAAUUGACCGUGAAUUCUUGGCUCAAGGUUUAGGAUUCCAAGGAGUCAUCGGUAACUCUUUAACAGCAGUCAGUGAUCGUGAUUUCGUUGUCGAAACUUUAUUCUGGAGCACUUUGUUCAUGAACCAUAUUUCGAGAUUUGCCGAAGAUUUAAUUAUUUAUUCUACUGCCGAAUUCGGCUUCAUCAAGCUUGCCGAUGCUUACUCUACCGGUUCUUCCUUGAUGCCACAAAAGAAGAACCCAGACUCUCUUGAAUUAUUAAGAGGAAAGAGUGGUCGUGUAUUCGGUUCAUUAUCCGGUUUCCUCAUGUCUAUCAAAUCCAUUCCAUCCACAUAUAACAAAGAUAUGCAAGAAGAUAAGGAACCAUUAUUUGAUGCCAUGACUACUGUUGAACACUCUAUUCUCAUCGCUACUGGUGUUAUCUCCACAUUAUCCAUAAAUAAGGAAAAGAUGGAACAAGCAUUGACCAUGGAUAUGUUGGCCACUGAUUUGGCUGAUUACUUGGUCAGAAAGGGUGUUCCAUUUAGAGAAACCCACCAUAUCUCUGGUGAAUGUGUCAGAGUAGCUGAAGAGCAAAACUUACUGGGUAUUGACAAGUUAACCUUGGACCAAUUCAAGCAAAUCGAUGCCAGAUUCGGUGACGAUGUCGUCGAUGUGUUUGAUUUUGAAGUUAGUGUAGAAAGAAGAGAUGCUAUCGGAGGUACCGCUAAGAGUGCUGUAUACAAGCAACUUGAAAGCUUAAAGAAGGUCGUAAGCUAA